UGUAAAAACCACAUGGAUAAAUGUUGACAACAGCUUUUGACAAUCUUUGUUGAGAGUUGGGACAAGCACUCAAGAGAGUCAUUAUAAAGUCUGAUUAAAUGAGGAGGACAAACAACUCUCCACUUGGACUCCGGCUGCUCCGGCCUCCAACUGUGAUUGGUCAGUUCCAUACCCUGUUUUUUGGCUCUGUGCGCAUGUUCUUCCUGGGUGUUCUGGGGUUUGCAGUUUAUGGGAAUGAGGCCCUUCACUUUAGCUGUGAUCCUGACAGACGAGAGCUCAACCUCUUCUGUUAUAAUCAGUUUAGACCUGUGACGCCCCAGGUGUUUUGGGCUCUUCAGCUAGUGACUGUGCUCGUUCCAGGAGCUGUGUUCCAUCUUUAUGCAGCCUAUAAAAACAUUGACCAAGAGGAUAUUCUGGAACAACCAACAUACACUGUGUUCUACAUCAUUUCUGUCCUCUUGCGAAUCGUCCUGGAGGUGGCAGCAUUCUGGCUUCAGAGUCGUCUCUUUGGAUUCCUGGUUCAUUCGUUGUACUUCUGUGAUGCCAGUUCACUGGAGAAAGCAUUCAACUUGACCAAGUGUAUGGUGCCCGAGCACUUCGAAAAGACCAUCUUCCUCAGUGCAAUGUAUAUUUUCACCAUUAUCACCCUGAUUUUGUGUAUGGCUGAGAUUUUUGAAAUACUCUGCAGAAGGCUGGGCUAUCUAGCAAACCAAUGACAACCAUGAACCAUGAAUAAUUUCGUAAUUUCCAUCCAUUCAGGUUUUGUCGCAUUAUUCUGUGCCUCAGGCAGAAUGAUAUGCUGUGAAAUGCAGAAAUAAGCCUUUGUAAAUAUUUUGGACAUUAAUAAGCUUUGAACUAUAUUCUUCUGUUCAUUUUAUCUUUUUCUGAUCACUGCAAUGCUGACUGUGAUCAUUGUCUUUUAAUGCUCUUGUCAUGAAACUUAGCCCUUCUUGUUUUAUGUAUUUUUGUAGAAGUGUGUUUAAUUACAAAUAUUAAACUAUUUAAACCUUAACUAGCCAAUCUCUCAUGACCUCACAUAAACAGUGGGGUCAAAAUGUCUGAGACCGCAUUGAAAAUCUGAGAUUAUUUUCAAUUAAAUGUAGAAAACAUAAUAAAAAGUUAUAGUAUGGACUAUUUAUAAUUAAAUUUAUAUUAAUUAGAAAGUAAUGCAAAAUAGAAGC